AUGUCCACUACCGUCACUCAGCGGCCCGGCGCCGCUGGCCGCACUGAAGCCAAGCCCAAGGAACAGCAAUUUCCAGACAUCAACACCAUCAGGAAUGCUAUUCCCGCACACUGCUUUGAAGCAUCACUGGUGACUUCAGUUGGUUACUUGGUGCGAGAUGUAGCCCUCAUCACGGCUCUCGGCUGGGCCGCCUUGACCUACAUCCCCCAGAUCCCGGAUUCGACUUUGCGCUGGACCGCCUGGGCUGCUUACGGCUUUGUCCAGGGUCUCUUUGGCACCGGUCUCUGGAUCUUGGCCCACGAGUGCGGUCACGGCGCCUUCAGCAAGCACACGCGCAUCAACAACGUCCUGGGCUGGGCCGCCCACUCGGCUCUGCUGGUGCCCUACUUCAGCUGGAAGUUCUCCCACCACCGCCACCACAACUUCACCGGCCACAUGGAGAAGGACAUGGCCUUUGUGCCCGCCCAGGCUGCCGACCGUGAGGCCCGCGCUAGCAUGCUGUCCCGCUUCGGCAUCGACCUCGAGGUCUUUGAGGACACACCCAUCUUCCAGCUGGCUCGCCUCGUCAGCCACCAGCUCUUCGGCUGGCAGACGUACCUGCUCUUCAACGCCACCUGCGGCAAGGAGUCUCUGCAGAAAAAGGGUGCCUCGUGGUUCCGCCAGAGCCACUUUGAGCCCACCUCGGCCGUCUUCCGCCCCAGCGAAGCCCUCUACAUUGCCAUCUCGGACAUUGGUCUUGCCAUUGUCGCCGCCGCCAUCUACUGGGGCUCCACCAAGGUCGGCGCCGGCACCAUGUUCCUCCUCUACGCCGUUCCUUACUUCUGGGUCCACCACUGGCUGGUUGCCAUUACCUACCUUCACCACACCAACAAGGAGGUGCACCACUACGAGGCCGACAGCUGGACCUUUGUCAAGGGUGCCGUCGCCACCGUCGACCGUGACUUUGGUUUCAUUGACCGCCACCUUUUCCAUGGCAUCAUUGGAACCCAUGUUGCCCACCACCUGUUCCCGCGCAUUCCCUUCUACAAGGCAGAGGAGGCCACUGAGGCGAUCAAGCCCGUCCUUGGAGACCUUUACCACAGCGACAACCGGCCCUUUAUGCAGGCACUGUGGAGCAACUUCACCACCUGCAAGUAUGUUGAGAAGGACCCCAAGGUUCCCGGCGCCAUGAGGUGGGCCGAUUAA